AUUAUUUGAUUUCAAUUUUACAAAUGUAAAUAGUAUCUCUGUCUGCUAAAGGCUAUUUGCUUCCCAAGUGUUUUUAUUUUAUUUUUUAUACUCUUUAUCUCCAGAACCAAAAGGCUCAAAAAAAACCCAACUCAUCAAAAGCUAUGCAAUGCAAGUAGUAAACAAAACCUAAAAGACCCACCAAAACCACCACCACCCACCUACUUGGUCCCCAACUCACCACCACCGCCACCGCUGCAACCUCCAUGCCUCGCCGCCAUCCGUCAUCGUCCCCGCUUCUCAGUCCCCCGGUGCUCAUCAUACUCCUGCCCAUCAUCACCUUCCUCUUCCUCUUCUGCACCAUCCCUCCAUUUCUGUCCCUCACCUCUCAAAUCCUCCGACCCACAAUUUCCGUCAAGAAAAGCUGGGACUCCCUCAACGUUUUCCUCGUCGUCUUUGCGAUUCUCUGCGGGAUCUUCGCCAAGCGAAACGACGACGGAUCACCCGCCGAGGAGGAUCCUAUCCAAAAUGCUUCUGUCCCGUUAAGUAAUAGUAUUGCCGCGAACAACACAACAAACACAUCAGAAGCCGAAGUCUUGCUUCCACAACAAUGGUUUGGAUUUUCAGAGAGGCCACCGGAAACCAGCGGUGGCCGGUUGCGGAGGAGCAGCAGCUCCUACCCAGAUCUGAGGCAGCUCGGCCAACAGUCCUCAUGGGAAUCUGGAGAUCACAGCAAGUCUCAGUUUCGCUUCUUCGAUGACUUCGAAAUCAACAACACUACUUAUCAUCGUACUCCGCAGCCAGUUUCGCGCCAAAGCCGCUCCCGUGAGUACUCGGGUGUAAUUAAGGAGAUUCCGGUGGACACUUUCGUACUUCGCUCUUCUCCUCCUCCGCCGCCCCAGUCGCCUGCGCCGCCACCUCCACCACCUCCUCCGCUGCGUCAUCAAAAUCCGAGAAGGGCGUAUGAGACCGUUAGACGUAGAGAUCAUAAGAAGGAGAAAGUACCCAACACUAACAAUGUUAUUGUUAAUGAGGUUCAACAAUUCGAGCAGGUUCGAUCUCCGCCACCAACGCCGCCGCCUCCUCCGCCUCCACGUCCGGCAGCGUCGCCAUCGCCAAUGCGGAUUCGGCCGGAGCAUAAACGUAGAAAGAGUAACGUGAAGAAGGAGAUAGCUAUGGUUUGGGCUUCGGUUCUGUCCAACCAGAGAAAGAGGAAGAAGAAGCAAAAGCCCGCCAGUACCAUAGACAUUUACGAUACUGCCACCCACUCUCCGCCAGAACAAGUACGAGAAGGUGGAGGAGAAGGAGAGUAUUAUUACACAAGACCACCGCCGUCGCAGCCUCCUCCGCCGCCACCUCCGCCCCCGCCACAUUCUGUAUUUCACAAUCUGUUCAAAAAGGGAAUGAGCAAAGCCAAAAAAGUUCACUCCGUCUCGAAUCCACCAGCUCCACCGCCACCACCUCCACGAUCCACAUUGCGAAAACAAAAGAGUUGGAGUGCUAUUUUCCCGCCGGCGCCAUCAACUCCGCCGCCACAACCACCGCAAACACCUUCGCCAAGGAGAGCUUCUGCCGCCAGUGGCAGGCCGCCAUUGCCCACGAAGACGAACAGUUAUUUAUCAGAGGAGAAUGUGAACAGCGGCUGCCAGAGCCCGUUAAUUCCUGGGGCGCCGCCUCUACCGCCGUUUAAAAUGCCGGAGUUGAAGUUUUAUGUGCGAGGGGACUUUGUUAAUAUACAGAGCGCACAGAGCUCCCGUUGUGGAUCUCCUGAAUUGGAGGACGUUGAUGCAACGCCAGGUAAGGAAGAAGAGUCGGAGUCAAAGUCACAGUCAGAGUCACAGAGUAGAGUCAACGUAAUGGGCGGUAGAGAUGGCGGUGGUAGUGGUGGGCCGUCAGUGUUCUGUCCCAGCCCAGAUGUUAAUACGAAAGCUGAUAACUUCAUCGCUAGGCUGAGAGAUGAGUGGAGGCUUGAGAAGAUGAACUCGAUGAGGGAGAAAAAGAAGAUGGCCUAAUAAUCUUCUGCAAUGGUUUUCUUUACCAUUUUCUACUGGUUUGAUUAGUUACUUGAUAAUGUUGGGAAGGUAAUGCACACACAUUUACAGUCAAUUUUUUACAGAUUGAUGAUAUAGAAGAAGGCAAAUGGCUCUGACUGUGUUUUUUUGUUCAUCUUUUGGAGCACCAUUAGCAGAGAUAGAGAGAGAGAGUGAGAGAGAGAUGUGAAUUUGAAUUUCUGGGUUUGAAUUGUUUGAUGAUAUCAGUGUGUAUUAUAGCAGAGCAAUAUAGGUAGUAUCUACAUAUUAUAAAUUUUUACACAGGCAAUGGGUUCUGAGUGUGGCUUUAUUUUUUCCUCACAUCUUGGAGCUCCUUGUGGAAGUACGCUGCUGAGUGCUGGAUUUCAUGUAUGGAUUGGGUUGGGUUGGGUUGGGCUCUAACUGCGUUUUUUGUUCACCACUUAGAGCCCUUGCCCUUGGUUUGUAUUGAUGUACAUACAAAUAUAAUAUUGCGUAUGAGUUUCCAAGA